AUGGACUCUUCAUUUGCCAUCACAUGUGAUGGACAUGUCUUCAGUUGGGGUGACAAUAGUGGCCAUCAAUUAGGACAGAGAGGAUGGUUUGGUUUUAGAAACGUGAUAAGUCAAAUAAUGGAGAAAAUGAAACCAAAGCCAAACCAAUACAACUUAUGGCCAGUCAUAGCAAAGUUAUUGACAACCAAACAGUGUCUGCAAAGUGUGAACAAAAUGAACCAAAACAACAGUCGAGUUGCCCUAAAACUUUUGGAGUGCGUUAUAACCCGCAAAAUGAUAAUGCCCACCUCUACCAGCAUGUUUGCGAAAAUUAUAGAAAAAUUUGGCAGUAAUAGCAAUACAAUAGGUUCACAGCAAACAACUGUAAAACGAGAGACGAAUUUAUGUGAUGGCAAUUUCAAAACCCAAUUCAUUGAGAUGUCAGCCAUAGGUUCGGGUUGUUUUGGGACUGUAUUUAAAGUAAAGCAUAGAUUGGAUGACAAAAUAUAUGCCGUUAAAAGAGUACAAUUUGGGGAUUUCAGUGAAGAAAAGAAACAAAAUGUUUUAAAAGAAGUAAAAAGUUUGGCAAAACUAAACUCAGAUUUUGUGGUAAAGUAUUAUCACUCAUGGCUUGAGUCCAAUCAUCUCUUCAUUCAAAUGGAGUUCUGUUCACAAAAUCUCAAAUCUAUUCUCAAAGACAAACCCAUUGUCUUCGAGAGACAACCGGAAGAAGAGAUGAAUGUCUUUGAGUUUUUCAUUUCAUGUGAAAUAUUUAAAGAGAUUUUAGAAUGCGUUCAAUAUCUUCAUGAAUUUAAUCCAGUGGUCAUUCAUCGGGAUCUCAAACCCGACAAUAUAUUAAUUGAUCACAACUUUAAGUGCAAUCGUUGUGUAAAACUGUGUGACUUUGGUUUAGCCACUGAUCACAACACCGAUAGACACACUGCCAGCCGAUACGGCCAUACGUCAGGUGUGGGUAGUAUUCAGUAUAUGUCUCCCGAAGUGAUUCAUUGUCGCGAAUAUAACCACAAAUCAGACAUUUAUAGUCUCUCUAUAAUCGGCGAACAGAUGUUUGGUAUCGAUCUUCAGGCCUCGCAAUCAUUUGAAGCAAAGGACUCACUGUUUAAGACAUGUAUACUAUGUUUGUCUCAAAUACUCGCAAAAAUGAUGAAAACACCGAAAUGGAGAAAAAGACCCGAAUGUAGGGAAGUGUUGGCCAAACAUAACGAGUGGUCUAUUGAUAACACUGUUAUCACUCAUCACAAGGACUUUAAUAAAGUUGACAACUACUUUGCCUUACAGUUAGGUCUCGAGACACGACAACAACACUAA